UCUCUGUCUGCUUGUCUUUGUCCAGAAACAUUUGUUUUUUUAAAUGAAGAUCAACGUUGAACCAUGGCUGAGAUGAAAGAUGAUAAUGAUGAGCUUGCAAUCCUUGAAAAAGACAUCAAAGAAUUUUGGACAAAGUUCAAAACUAUUUGUUGCCUUGAGCCUAUUGAUCAGGUUUUGGGGCUAAGAGACUCGUGGUAUGAAUCCAUAAACAGUCUUUCAGAUAAAUGGUCUAAAAGACUGAAAGAAGGGGAUGAAAUUAUCAACAAAUUCCAUGAGUACAGCAAUGAAGUCUGUGUGUUGAAUAAAUCAAUUGAAGAAAAGCAAGCUAAAAUCUCAGCAGCUCUUUCUAACAUUACGGAUGAGGAAAAGGAGAAGGCAGACUUGAUGAACAGCAUCCAAGAGUUGAAGGAAGAGUUAAUCCAAAACAGUAAAUCGAAGCAUAAAAAAGCAGAAGAAACGGAGGAAAGACUUCUUAAGGCUGAAAAAUUAUUCAAAGAGAGGCUUGGGUUAGAAAUACGAAAAACAUGCGAUAAGCAUUUGCAAUUUGUAUUCCGCUGCAUCGAUCAUAAAGACUUCCAAAAGCCGUACAUACUUACUCUUUCCAUAAAUGAAGAGGGAGCUUAUGAAGGUAUGUACACAACCAUGUCUUCUUUUCCUAUUUCCUUCAUAUCAAAAUAAGCUCACACCUGUUUGUUCUCAUCACCUUUUCAUUCUACUUAAAAAAAAACCUUCAGUAUUGAAAUGAUUAUUUUACGAUUGUAGUUCAGAUUUUCCAUCCAUUUUUACAGUAUAUAUUUCUCUUGGCAAUUUCUGGUUUUCCCAUGCUCCCCCCUCCCCCCCAAGGACUUGAACUAUUUACUAGCCUGUAGGUCAGGUUAUAUUAUGUCCUGUGUUCUAAAACUUCCCUGCCUUCUCUCCAAUGAAGACUGGGCUUAGCAAUAGGACUUAGACUUAUAUACUGCUUUACAGCCCUCUCUAGGCACUU